AUGGGAUCUUCAGCCCCAUGGAUGGCUGUCGGUGUAUCGGGUGGUACUUUAAUAUUAUGCCUUUUGGCUACGAUUUCUAUUUAUUCAUCGAUCAACGAGAUUUGGAGUGAAUUGGACGCGGAAAUACUUAGCUUCAGGACAAUCACCGAUGAUAUGUGGAAAGAUAUGGUAUUUUUGGGUGCCGCCUCUCCAUCGACACGACAAAGACGACAAGCGUAUGGAGGUUAUGGAGCCGCUGGUAGUCAUGACUCUGCACCAGUCGCUUUUCACAACGCUUUUCCACAAGCAAAUCCGUCAUUCAAUUCCCGUUGUCAAUGCACUGUAGAGAAUAGUUGUGCUGCUGGACCAGCUGGUCCACAUGGAGACAAGGGACCUGAUGCACCUGAUGGAUUACCCGGAAAAGAUGGACAUAAUGGUUUGGAUGCACCAGAUCGUGAACAAAAAGAAUCCCUUGGGUGCUUCCAUUGCCCACAAGGACCACCCGGACAAGCGGGACCUGUUGGAAAUCCUGGAAUGAGAGGAAUGAGAGGAGCGAAAGGAAGAAUGGGACAUCCCGGAAGAGAUGGAAAUCCCGGAAUGCCGGGCGAUAUGGGACCCCCGGGCCCGCCAGGGAAAGAUGGAGCUCACGGGGAGGCGGGAACACCCGGUGAUGAUGCUGAAGCGCCACACUCGAUGAAGGGUCCACGUGGUCCUCCAGGUGAAGGUGGAGAACAAGGACCACAGGGUAAUCCGGGAAGAGAUGCUCCACCAGGACAAGCCGGUCCACGGGGUGAACCCGGAGCACCUGGAUACACUGGAGCAUCGGGACCUGAUGGAGAGGAAGGGUAUGAAGGACCGGAUGGAGAAGUUGGGAAAGAUGCACAGUACUGCAAAUGUCCUCCACGCAAAGAGGGCGGAGAGUACGCAAAUUAUCUACGACGAUACAGAAAAUACCAC